CACAUAAAAAUUGCUGUAUUCACUCUGCUGUCACAAUAUUCUUAAUCAUUUAAUCUGUGUUAUUCAACUGCUUGUGAUCAUUGUUCGCCAUAUUUGCAGUCGAAUUGAAUGUGAUAAACGUGAUGGGUCUAUUUGAAUUUAUUGGAAUUGUUGUAGUUUUAUACUAUUUGAUUAGUAUAAUUUUGUGGAUUGUUCUUGAUUCGGAUAUUGAAUUAUGGAUAAAAGAGCGAUGGGGAAAACCGAUUGAUUCGUUGAGAGGCAAAGUUGUAUGGAUAACCGGAGCAUCGAGCGGCAUUGGAAAGCAAUUGGCAAUUGAAUUGGCAAGAAAUCAUGUUAAAUUGUGUAUAUCCGCACGAACUGUUGACCGUUUGCAAGCAGUCAAAGAAGAAUGUUUGAAACAAUCAAAACUAUUGCAACCAAAUGAUAUUUUGGUAUUAAAAAUGGAUAUGCUUGAUAUUGAUCAACAUCAACGCUAUUUCGAUACGGUGGUAACGCAUUUUGGUGGGCUUGAUAUAUUGGUGAAUAAUGCAGGACGAUCACAGAGAGCAUCAUUCGAAGAAAUUGACCUGAAAGUGGACCGAGAAUUGUUUGAAUUGGAUGUAUUUAGCAUUGUCAAUUUGACACGCAUUUACGUAAAACAUAGCAAAGGUCGAGGUCAUGUGGCGUGCACAUCAAGCUCGGUUGGAUUGAUAUCAGUACCAAAUUCAGCCACAUAUACGGCUGCAAAGCAUGCCAUUCAUGGUUAUUAUGAAACACUUAAACUCGACCACCCAAGUAUGGAUGUUACAUUAUUUUGCCCCGGUCCAACACACACCGAAUUCUUGCAAAAUGCAUUCACCGGCAAACAUGGACAGGUUUAUAAUCGUACGGUUCAACCCACCGACCGCCGUAUGACAUCUGAAAGAUGUGCCGUACUGAUGGCCACAGCACUCGCGAAUAAGUGUCAAAUCAAUUUUGUUGGACCAUUUCCAGUACCGGCUUUGAUGUACAUUUCAUGCUAUUAUCCAAAUUUGCGUAAAUUAGUUUUGAUGAUUUUGGGCAAAUCAGGCCUAGCCAAAAUUCGUGAUACAAACGUACCUCAGAACUAAUACAGCAGCACAUAUCAACCGAUGAAACAUUUAUAUUUCGUUUUCUCUCUUUUUUUGAUAACAGACAUAGUAGAUUGUUUUCACAAAUAUAUAUGUAGAAGAAAAUAGAAAUCAACGAUGUUUUUUUCCCGAUAACCUUCUAUGGUUAUUUUGCGGCUAAUAAUGUUGAACAAUUUAUCACAUUAAAAGUAUAUUGAAAUCACAAAUA